UCCCUCACACCUCACGCCCACUGGACAGUAAGAGCGCGGUCGGGAAACGGAAGGAAUCGCAGUAGCAGGAAACUCGGUGGCACUUUCUGCGCUGCUGCUCUGCAUGACCACAGGGUGACGGUCGCCUCUUCAGGAAUACACACCACCAGGAAAUCGUAGUUCAAAGUGACCGUCCGGGCACGCCUUCACCUCUACUGUUGUAAUUCCAGGCUAAGGAGUUGAGGGGUGAUGGAUUGCCCUUCAGAUCUUUUCCAGCAGCAGCCGUCCCAGGUGUGCCACUUUGAUCUGUACCAUAGUCCAUCAGAGUCAACCUCUACUGGCCCCAUCAUUUCUCCUCUUCUGCACCCCAACAGUGCCUCCCAGAGGUGGGGUGGAUAUAGGCAGGGACAGUGCUUAUUCUCAGAUAUGCCAACACAGGAGGAGGAACAGGAGGUGGAUGCGGACAGGUUUGGGAGAAAAUCAGCUACAGGAGGAACCCCAAUUCCGCAGUACCGAAUUGGAGAUAGGAGAAGAGGUUCUGGUGACUGGAGUCAGGACCUUCUCAGAGUGAAGCAACUUAGAGUGGACAGUUCUGUAAAAAGAGAAGCAGAGGCAGAAAGAGAUGGGCAUAGAGGAAGGAGGAGUGUAGCUCAAUUGGAAAGUGCAGAGAAGAGUGCUGAGGAAAGAGGGCGGAGGAAGAAGAGCAGGGAGGGAAGACAGCGGCAACGGCGUGAGCUGAAACUCCAGUUAGAGGAAACCAGAGGGAAGCUGCUAGAGCUUCAGCGCAAAGUGUGGCAAGUAUAUGGAGAACAUCAUGUGGAAGAAGAGAAAGGAGGAGAAGGAGAUGACGGAGUGAUGGAUGAAACAGCAGAGAUGUUCUCUGAAGGAGAAACAGAUGAUCAUCUCAGCAGUGGGUUGUAUCCUCCCCUGGGUGUUAAUGAAAAAAACCAUGAAAGUACAGGGAGUCAGAAUUCUGAGGUGUUUCAUGAACCUCCUGUGGAUUUGGACCUUGACAUGGAACUUGAUGGAGGUGGAGUGUGGCUAGGCUGCAGUCUGGUACAUGGGGAGUGGGAGAAUGUAGGUGGUAGUGAAAAAUUUGCCCAGGCUCUUAAGCAGGAGCUGUCCAGUGCAGUAGCUCGAGUCAUUGACAGGGUUCUCCAUCUCUAUGCUGAAACUAACCAAACACCACCAUCCAGUGCAAUGCUAGCCCAGGAGAUUCCCACUAGUAGGACAAUAGACCCAGACAAGAAGCAUAGGCCUGGGAUGGCUGUCAAUAUGACAGAUCAAGCUGAAGCACUGCCACUGGUUGCAAAGAGAGCUCAAGAGAAAAGGCACCCCCUAAUUCAAGGCAGACAAAAGAACCUCCUGAUGCCUCAAGCUAACUCCAGCUUACCCCUCUUACCCCAGCCUCAUCUUUCUGCACUCUUACCUCCAAGGAGCAAAGACUCCUUCCUGCAGUCCUGCCCUCCAAAUCCUCCUCCGCUGCCCCUACCUCUUCUCCAUUACACCAUGCAACACCUCUUUACUCGUUCGCUUUCUAGUAUGCCGCUCCACAAAGACGGGCUCCACAACGAACCCUUUAUGGACUUUCGCUCACACAACCCCUCAUUCCCUCCCCUGCCUCUGCUUGGCCAGUUAAACCCACCUCUUGGAGAUAGAGGGAGAGAUGAGGGGAUGAGAGUAGGAAUUGAUGGAGGAGAUUCAGCUCUUUAUCUUGGUCCUGGGGCAUCUCAGGAGGGUCUCUCUCCAUGUCAUCUGAAGAAAGCCAAGCUAAUGUUCUUCUACACACGCUACCCCAGCUCCAACACACUCAAGACUUACUUCCCUGAUGUCAAGUUUAACCGCUGUGUCACCUCUCAGCUCAUUAAGUGGUUUAGUAACUUCCGGGAGUUCUUCUACAUUCAGAUGGAGCGCUUUGCACGUCAGGCAGCUCGUGAGGGUCCUGUCACAGCCAGAGAAAGGGGACUGCGUCUGAGCCGAAACUCUGAGCUCUUUCGCAUUCUGAACAUGCACUACAACAAGAGCAAUGACUACCAGGUUCCAGAUAGGUUUGUGGAGGUGUCUGAAGUGGCACUACGGGAGUUCUUCACUGCUAUCCAGAGCGGACGUGAUGCUGACCCCUGCUGGAAAAAAUCCAUCUACAAAAUCAUCUGCAAACUUGACAGCCCUGUGCCUGACAGCUUCCGCUUGCCAGGCUGCCCCAUGGACACUCACCGCAUGGUCUAAAGAUGUUCAUGAGCAGGGUCGCUCUCUCAGACACACACACACACACACACACACAUACACACAUAUCCUAUUUUAAGGAUUAAUGUGGAUAAAUAGACAAACACAUUGACCAAAUGGAUUGGAGUUGGCAUAAACACCCACUCACCUAUUACCUGAUAAGAAUCAGUUCAGAUACUAUUCAAACACAUUACAUGCCAAAAGUCUGAAAGCAAAACAAGCUUUUCAAAAGUAAGCAUGAUUCCACCCCCUAAGAAAUUACAGGGCAUAAUGUGUUUUUAAGGCAAAGCUUUUAGUUAAAUAUAUGCAGUGAUAUUCUACUAACUGACUAUUCAUUUGGUUUUGCAUUUGACAUUUAAAAUGGAGUUUUACUGCAAUCAUACAUAGGUGAGCUCACAUUCAGACGCACCUGAAAAACUGAUUCGGGUAUGUUAAAUUAGGAGAAAAUAGUUAAGUUUUGAAUGUUAAAAUUCAAAAACCAUGAAUACCAGGCUUUUUAAAAUAUAGCAUGUUAAAAUAUGAGCUCAUUAUUGCAAAGACAUUAUACAUGUUGUGUGCUUGCUUCCGCACUUUUGGCCUGUAGUGUAUACAUACCUGCUAAAAUAUCACAUAUACCAUUUGUAUAAUCUGAGUGAAUUCGUGGUGAUUUUUUGCCUUCCAGAUUUAAGAGACAGAAAUAAAUAUAGCAGAAAUGAUGAGAAAGUCUAUGGCCUUUUUGAAUGUAUAAACACUAAACAGGUCAUUGACAGACAUCAUGGAAUAAUUUUGGCUAUACUGUUCCAGAGCAUUAUUUGGAGAGAUUUAAAAGGCUUUUUCUAUUUAACGUGCUGAAACCUUAUUUACAUGUAUUUAUCAAGAAAAUGACAAGAAAACUACCGUGGCCCUUGAUGUGGUUCAUUGCAAUUUUAUAUUCAGUUUGCUUAUUUGUCGUUAUGUUAGAAACUAUGUGGCUAUUUCAUAAGACAUUGUGAGUGUACAAAUGUGAAUUUUGAUGUGAUCGUACUACUUGUAAUUAAAUGUGAAAGUCCAAGCAGUUAUAGUAGAAAAUUUUAUUACAUGCAUGUAAAACUACACAAAUGCCAUUGUGUACUUGACACUUACACAUGUUAAAUUUUUGUAUAUCCUGUGCAAGGAUCAGAAAAAUAUCCUUGUGUAGAAAAAGAGUAGAAAGGUGGCAGGGUCAACACAUGCUGCCAAAACAAACUAAAUUUUGCCACCGUGCUUAUAUACCUUAUACCCUAGAUAAGUUUACUACA